CGAACCUUGGAGGGGUUGUCUUAGAGGCCUGAUCUGACCUGACCAGCCUGAAUCGGCCUGAUCCCCAAAACUGGCUCUCGGGAAGGAGAAAACAUACCGUACCUUACCUUACAUGGUCUUAAAGGAUCCAGGCCCCCAUCUAGAUACUUGCUCGCUCACUGCUGACCGCUUAGUGGUCGACUAGUCGCAACCAAGGUUUCCAACGUCAACAAGCUACCAUGUCGGCCCCGGCGACUGCGCGCCCGCUACCUGAUGGCAGCCAUCAAGCGGGAGGUGGUGUCUCGGGGAAGACGCAUACAGUCGGGGUAGUCAAUAGCACUAUCCUCUCACACCUUCAGAAAGUGCAUGCAGCCCAUGCCGGCGGCGACACAACGUGGAGUCCCCAGAAGGUUGCCGCCUUCCUGAAGGACAUCCAGCGCGACUCCGACGCUGAUCGCACCCUGGAGCUGGCCGGCGGCAAGCCCUGGGACUUCAAUGCCUUCCUGCGGUACAUGACCUCGUCCACCACGAACGCCGUUGCCCCGCCCCGUGACGAGGACCUCUCCUGGCCGCUGUCCAACUACUUUGUCAGCUCGAGCCAUAAUACGUAUUUAACGGGUAAUCAGUUGUCGAGUGCAUCCAGCGCCGACGCCUACCGGAACGUCCUCCUGCGCGGCUGCCGCUGCAUUGAGAUUGAUGUCUGGGACGGCGAUGAGUCGGACUCGGACAGCAGCAGCAGCAGUGAUGACGAGGAUGCCAACGCCAAGAAAGGCCAAAAGAAGAGGCGCCUGAGCACCGUGAAGGACAAGCUGCCCAGAUCUCUGACCAGUCGGCUGGAGAGAACAACGCUGAGCAACACGGCGACCCCAACCGCGACGGCCAAGGUUCCCCUUGACAACAAGGACCCUUCAAGCAUGAGCCCGCCCGCAAGCCCACUGAAGAGGGUUACCUCCCCCAAGGAACCGAAGGUCAAGCACGGGUACACCAUGACCAGGGAGGUGUCGUUCCGCGAGGUGUGCGAGGCCAUCAGGGACUACGCCUUCGUGGUGACCGACGGCCCGUUGAUCGCCAGCUUGGAAGUCCACUGCGGCCCGGCGCAACAGGAGGCUAUGGUGGCCAUUAUGCUCGAGACGUGGGGGCCCUUUUUGGUGCCCGAGGCCAAAGAGGACCCGAAGCACCUGCCCUCGCCAGCCGAGCUGCGCCGCAGGAUCCUUGUCAAGGUUAAGUAUGUCCCGCCGGAGGGAGGCAGCCCCCCGGCGACCGACGGCGAUGAGGUACCUCUGCCGGGCAACAACGCCGCGGCCAAGAAGCAGAAGAACCCGUCCAAGAUUAUCCAGGCGCUCAGCAAACUCGGCAUCUACACGCGUGGGGUAUCGUUCAAGAGCCUGACGCAACCCGAGGCGGCCAUGCCGACGCACAUCUUCUCGCUGUCCGAGGGUGACGUCAAAGAGGUGCACGAGAAGAGUGCCCGCGAGCUGUUUGAGCACAACCGCCGCUUCCUUUUGCGUGUGUAUCCUUCAGGACUUAGAGUCAAUUCGUCCAACCUCGACCCGACCGUUUUCUGGCGCAAGGGCAUCCAGAUCGUUGCGCUCAACUGGCAGAACUGGGACGAGGGCAUGAUGCUCAACGAGGCCAUGUUCGCCGGCACCAGCGGAUAUGUGCUCAAGCCAGAGGGCUACCGCCUCCAUAAACCACUCCCAACCACCGCCUCCAACACCAACACGGAACCCCAAGCCGUCGCAGUAAAGCAUUACACAAUGGACCUAACGCUGCGGAUAUUCGCGGCGCAAUCCGUCCCCCUCCCCGCAGGCGACGACGACCCCUCCUCUUUCCGCCCAUACCUCAAGGUCGAGAUGCACGUCGAGCAGCCCGGCGAGCGCCACGGCACCGAUCCGGUGCCCGCCGAUGGCCGCGAGAAGGAGGGCGAGUACAAGGCCAAGACCAAGUCCGCUAAGGGGCGCGAUCCGGACUUUAAGGGCCAGGAGCUGGUGUUCAGGAGUGUAACCGGAGUCGUUCCCCAGCUGUCGUUUGUGAGGUUCCUCGUGAGGGAUGACGAGGUUGGGAGGGAUUCGUUGGCCGCAUGGGCUUGUGUCAGGUUGGAUCGGCUGAGGGAGGGGUAUCGGUUUGUGCAUCUCUUGGAUGCGGAGGGGGUGGAGACGGAGGGUGUGGUGUUGGUUAAGGUUGGGAUUAAGUUGAGGUAGGCGUAUGAAAUAUUUGUUGGGCUUGUUACUUAGGCAUCUGUCGUGUUUCUUAGGAACCGAAGUGGGUUGGGGACUAACAGAGUGCUAAGAGCGACUGCAUAGCGAGCUUGGAUUGCUGGAUGGGUGGGUUUUGGGCUUUUGGAGAGAGCAGUUUGUAAAGGGAGCCGCUGGAUAGUCUAAAGACUUCAGAUCGAAGUCACUCCCUCGGUCCGUUAUGGGAGAAACCUUUGUCGUAUGUGGGUUGUUCGUGGCCUGAACGGGAUUACGGUUGAGAUUUAGAAUGAGAACAGUUGCUACAUGCUCAUGGCGACACCGGGUGUUGCCUCUUGCGGGAGACCGCGGCUAUCAAGGAGGGGGCCGUCGGUUUCAAGUGCUUGCUCC